CUGGGGGUGGGGCUGAGCCCGCCUCUGUCGCUACGGCCGUAGGGCUGCGUUAAAGGGGCAGUAGCGCCGCUUUCUGCCGCCGCUGCCCCGGACCCGGCUCCCCGGGCGGCGCCAUGGCCUACCAGGGCUUCACGCAGGAGUACCUGGGGAUCCCGGCCGUGACGCGGGCCUACACCACCGCCUGCGUCCUCACCACCGCCGCCGUGCAAUUAGAAUUCAUCACCCCUUUCCAGCUGUAUUUCAACCCAGAUCUGAUUUUCAGAAAGUUCCAGAUUUGGAGGCUGAUCACCAACUUCCUCUUUUUUGGGCCCUUGGGAUUCAGUUUCUUUUUCAACAUGAUAUUUUUGUACAGAUAUUGCCGAAUGCUAGAGGAAGGCUCCUUUCGGGGAAGGACUGCAGACUUUGUCUUCAUGUUUCUCUUCGGGGGAUUUCUCAUGACACUCUUCGGCCUCUUUGCCAGCCUCUUCUUCCUGGGCCAGGCCUUCACCAUCAUGCUGGUGUACGUGUGGAGCCGCCGGAACCCUUACAUCCGCAUGAAUUUCUUCGGGCUGCUUAACUUCCAGGCCCCUUUCCUGCCCUGGGUUCUGAUGGGAUUCUCUCUGCUGCUGGGCAAUUCCAUCAUCAUUGAUUUGUUGGGAAUUGCAGUGGGUCAUAUUUAUUACUUCCUUGAAGAUGUUUUUCCCAACCAGCCUGGAGGGAAGAAGUUGCUGCUCACUCCAGGCUUCCUGAAGCUGGUAUUUGACACUCCUGAAGAGGAUCCCAACUACAACCCCCUUCCGGAGGAUCAGCCAGCGAACCAGCCAGCUGCUGACCAAGACCAGAACCACCAGCAGCCGCCGCCUCAGUAGUGGGGGAGAACCUGCUCUCUCCCAUGUGACCGAACUCUUCUCCUGCCUGCUGGACUGAUCCUGUGCCACGGACAGAUGCUGUCUGAAGAAUGGCUUUGGUCACUAGACUCGUCUGUAUUAACAUCUCACUGUUCCCUGGGGAUAACCUGUUUCCUGAGUUGUUCUCUGGAGCGUCAUUUACAAACUGAAUGGAGUUAUGUAGAUGUGUGUGUACAGAAGUGGGGUAGGGAGGGGGUGGAGGCUAGCCCCUGGCUACGCUAAAUAUCUCAGCACCCUGGGCCUCAAACGUUCUUCCUAGUCUAGUGCUGCUACAGCCACGCUGUGUGCCAAGUCACCUGUCUCCUUGGUGUGCCCACUGGGACUCUCUCCUUCCCACGAGGCUCCAGUUGUUGCUUUGUGCCAUGGAAGUGCUUGACGCGCUAGCUAUUUCUCAGCUGUAGUAAUGUGUAUGCCCUGCCCCCAGGACUGGAGAAUGGCUCAUUGCCUUGGUUCUGCUCCUGCCUCUUCCAUUCUCCCAGCUUCUUUACAUUAAAGUUUAUAUUUUUCAAAGGAGAAGCUGUGCCUGGUAGGGCAAGAAGCACCCAGGGCUGUUCUGCAGAACUCUUCUUACUUAGGUCCUGACACUCAGCAAGGGCUUUGUUCCUACGGGCAAAUUCAGCUCAGACAAAGGGAAGACAGACUAGUGCACUUGCCCAGCGAGGGAAGAGCCCCACCACAAGGACAGAUGGGAGCUUGAGGGCUGCAUGGAAAGGAAACGAACAGUGCAGGUGCCAGAUCAAUGAGGGAGACACAGGCUAUUUAAAGACAGCAGCAAGGCCCUCUUAACGCAAGUGUCACAGGUUUGUUUCAGGACCUGCCUAAAGGCUCGAACAGCUGCUCUGAGCUGAACAUCUUCCGGUCUCCUCUAAUGAGGGCACAGUGGCUCAUGUUAAAUUACUAAAUUUAAUGACAAGGUUUGCACCUGUACAGCCAAGCAAUAAGUUUUAGGCUUUAUCUACAGCCACCAAGUUGCAUUGCUUUAAAAGCCCACUGGGUUACACCAGUGCCAAUGCCUGUGAAUUACAUCUGAAAGCUAAACAGGUUUCAACUACUCAGGCUCUGCACCGAGUUGAACCAGUUAACAAGGCUGAAUAGUGUGUGACUCUCUCUCUCUGGACCAGGCCUAAGUGUUUCUUUCAAAGCACAAAGUUUGUAUUAUGCAGCCACCUUUGUGGAGCUGGCCUGUGGCAUUGUGCUUUGCAAGCCUGUAACCAAGCAGAGCCACUGAAGUCAAACGGUAACGAGCAUCGAGUUAGCCAGAGCAAAAUGGUGCAGGAGCCUUUAGGCAAAGGAAACUCAGGCCCCAGCCCAUCACAAUUCUCUGCUGUUUAUCUCAAGUGCUGCUACCAGAAAAGAGGCUGAACCCUCCUUACCGCAAAAUCGGCACAGGCUUAGUACCCACCACCUGAAAAAUCCAUUGUAAUCAAGCUCCAUGGGAGGGGGCACAAGGAGAUUUACUCAUGGAGUCACUGAAAGUCUAAGCUUAGCUGUGUAUAAAUGCAGCUUUUGGCUGUGGGACUCCCCUCCCCUCCAUGUUGGAAUAACCUGUUGGUGAAAGGUAAGAGGCAAAGACUGGCCCAGGGACAGACAGCUGGUCAGUGGAAGGGUUAAGACUGCAGUGAUAAAGCUGCUGAGUUUGCAAGUUCAUGGCUUCUGCAAACUCCCUGCCAGCUGAGUUUUUAUUCUUCCCUCUCCCCAGACACAGAAACCUGUUUGCUUUCAAACAGCUAUGAACUGGGGCUGCCCUCGUGCAAGAUGAAGCAUGAUAAUAUUCAUGCUAGAAGCGUGGGUGGACUAUGCUGGAAUAGGUUUUACAGCUUCCUUUAGCACAAGGGCCAUGACACCAGUGUCAGAUUGUCAAUGUAAUCUGUGCUGCUUGCAACAUUGUCUCUUGGUUUUCCUGGAGGAGGAGUGCGAGCUCCAGUAAAGCGCCAGCAGCUUGGCUUUGAUUCUAUUUUAAAAAAUUAAAUUAAAAGCUGACAAUUUGUAUCUUGUUUAAAACAGCCAAAUUAAACGCCUCCUGGGAAAGAGCAGGUCUCUGCCUUCUCACCAGCUU